AUGACCGUGGCCAAUGCAAAGUCAGGCUCAGCCAUGCAGCAGGUUCUGGACAACCUGAAAGACCUGCCCACAGGCUCAGUUGCGAAAGACAUUGACCUUAUCUUUCUCCGUGGCAUCAUGGAGAGCCGCAUCGUCCGCUCCCUUGCUAAGGCUCAUGAGCGGCUCGAGGAGGUCAAGUUAGAAGCGGUGCGAAAUGACAACGUUCAGCUUAUCUUUGAGAUCUUGGAAUCCCUCAACAAGCUACCAAAUAAAGAUGCUGCUAGUGCCGAGCUCACCCAAAUCCUUCAGGAGCCUCAUUUUAAGUCUUUGAUCGAGGCUCAUGACCAAGUGGCUACAAAGUGCUAUGAGAUACCUAAUGACACUGUAAACUGCACUGCCACCUUGGCCAGUUGUCUAAUGCCCGCUGACGCCAUUAGGAUGAUUGGCAUACAGAAGAAAGCUGGAGAACCGCUGGGGGUGACCUUCCGCGUGGACCGAGGGGAGAUGGUGAUCGCGCGGAUCCUGCACGACAGCUCCAUCGACCGCCAGGGCAUGUUGCACACUGGCGACAUCAUCCGAGAGGUAAACGGCUGCCAGGUGGGCGGCGACCCGCAGCGACUGCAGGAGCUGCUGAGAGACUGCAGUGGCAGCGUCACCCUCAAGGUGCUGCCAAGUUACAAAGACUUACCUGCUCUUCCACAGGUUUAUAUGAAGCCACAUUUUAACUAUAACCCGGCCUCAGAUAACCUGAUUCCUUGUAAAGAGGCGGGCCUUGCCUUCUCUAAGGGAGACAUCCUGCACAUUGUGAACAAGGAGGACCCCAACUGGUGGCAGGCACGUAGUGUUGUGGGCGGAGUCACCGGCCUGAUCCCCAGUCAGUUUUUAGAGGAGAAGAGAAAAGCAUUUGUGAGAAAAGACUGGGAUCUGUCAGGGUUGCUUUGUGGAAAUCUCUCGGUGAAAAAAAAGAAGAAGAAGAAAAUGAUGUAUCUCAUGACAAAGAACGCAGAAUUUGACCGUUACGAGCUGCAGAUCUACGAGGAGGUGGCCAAGAUGCCAGCUUUCCAGAGGAAAACGCUGGUUCUAAUUGGUGCCCAGGGUGUCGGGAGGCGGAGCCUGAAGAACAGACUCAUCGUUAUGAAUCCUCUGCGAUAUGGAACCACUGUGCCCUUCACGUCACGCAGUCCAAGAGAAGAAGAGCGAGACGGCCAGAACUACUGUUUUGUGACACGGCAUCAGAUGGAGCAGGACAUUAAGGACAGCCGCUUCCUGGAGCACGGGGAGUACGACGGCAACCUCUACGGUACCAAGAUCGACUCCAUCCACGAGGUGGUGGCGGCUGGCCGAACCUGUAUCCUCGACGUCAACCCCCAGGCCUUGAAAGUGCUCAAAACUGCUGAGUUCAUGCCCUUUGUGGUAUUCAUCGCCGCUCCUGAGCUCGACACCUUGAGAGAUAUGCACAAGGCCGUGGUGGAUGCUGGCUUAACAACUAAACUACUUACUGAGAAUGAUUUGAAGAAGACAGUGGAGGAGAGCGCCAGAAUCCGUCGCGCCUACAGCCACUUCUUUGACCUGACCAUUUACAACGACAACCUGGACAAGGCCUUCGACCAGCUGCAGGAGGCUGUAGAGAGACUACUCAUAGAGCCGCAGUGGGUCCCGGUCAGCUGGGUCUACUGA